CAGAGGCGGCUCCAACUCGCACCAGCGGCGGCGGCAGGGCCGGGGCAGCGAGAGCAGCCGGGACAGCGGGGACGCGGAGCCGCGGCCGGAGCUGGGCAGCGCGGUGCUGAAGGGACAGCUCCCGCCCCGCCCCGCCCCGCCCGGGCAGCCAGCGGGGACCACGGCGCCGCGCCCCGGGAGCGGGGCGGGGGGACCCGGCACCCGGCCCUCGCCUCUCGCCGCCGCCCUGCCCGGAGCGGCGGACGCAGGGACCCCGUUUUGCUUCGGCGGGAGCAUCGCCCCGGGCCCCGCGCAGCGCCCGCUGCCGCCCGCCCGCCGCUCCGAUGCCGGGCGUGGGGGCGAUCGGGGCGCGGUGCAGRCACCGGCCGCGCAGGAGCCCCAGGAAAAGCCCCAAGGCGGAGCCCGGCCAGGCCGGGGCCGCCAUGGACGCGGCUAUCUGGAUCUACCAGUUCCGGCUGAUCGUGCUGGGCGACUCCACCGUGGGCAAGUCCUGCCUCUUGCACCGCUUCACCGAGGGCCGAUUCCCGGGGCCACUGCACUCCGACCCCACCGUGGGGGUGGACUUCUUCUCCCGGCUGGUGGAGAUCGAGCCCGGCAAGAGAGUCAAGCUGCAGCUCUGGGACACCGCGGGGCAGGAGCGGUUCAGAUCAAUAACACGCUCUUAUUAUCGCAAUUCUGUGGGUGGCUUACUAGUGUUUGACAUCACAAAUCGACGAUCUUUUGAACAUGUGAAAGACUGGCUAGAGGAAGCAAAAAUGCACGUGCAGCCCUUUCAGAUUGUGUUCAUGCUAGUAGGACACAAAUGUGACUUAGUGUCACAGCGUGAGGUUACAAGAGAAGAAGCUGAAAAAYUAUCAUCUGACUGUGGUAUGAAAUACAUAGAAACUUCAGCAAAAGAUGCCACAAAUGUUGAAGAGUCCUUUACAAUUCUUACACGAGACAUCUAUGAACUUGUAAAAAAUGGAGAAAUCUCAAUACAAGAUGGAUGGGAAGGUGUCAAGAGCGGCUUUGUUCCAAAUGUUGUWCAUUCAUCAGAAGAAGCUGUAAAGCCUAGAAGACAGUGCAUCUGCUGAAUCUGUAGCAUGCCAAAGAGCCCAUGGGGUAUUUAGAAGAUGAUGCCAAUCUAAAUGACAGGAAAAUAAUUUUGAAACAAUAUUAGAUCAUGACAUAGCUGAAUCAUAGAACAGUAAUAUGGUUUUGUAUCCUUCUGUCUAGGUUAUAAUCCAUAACACUUUAAGUGCUUUUUUUCUUUACAGAGUUAAACAACUUCAUGUGGUCUUCAGGAAAAAAAAAUUAUGUAUUUCUAUAAAACAAAUUCUAUAGCAAGACACUGAGAAAGUGCAAUAAUCAUYGUGACAACAUCAUCACUUGGGCUUUGUAAUUUGAAUACUGUUUAAAAUCAAGGCUUGUUAGGUGAAGAUCAGAUGAGCUCCUUGCUUUUUUUCAUCCUGCCUUAGCUUUGGACAAGAAAAUAUUAUACCUUAUACUUUUUUAAUGUGAUUCUUUACUCAAGUGCAGGGUUGCUAAUGCUCAUUAAAGUUUAGAAUGCUGUAGAAUUUGAUAAUAGAGAUAAGUCUAAAGAAAGCAAACUGAAAGAUUGCUUCAAUAGCAAACACUUUUGAUAUGACAAUGCAUACAAGCCUUAUUAAAGAAAAAGAAUGUUUUAGAAAAGAUGAUUUAUUUGUAUACAAAAGUAGGAAAUAGAAACAAUGGAAUUUAUUMUUAAGUAUUUUCUGAAUUACCAAUGAAACUAAACAUAACAUCGCAUAUGACCCAGCUGAACAUAUUAUUUGACCUGUAUACAAAGCAGCUUUACCAACAACUGAAGUUACAUUUCAGAGGUCAGAUCCUCAGCUGGGUAAUUAUCAUAGUCACACUGAUGCCUAUGGAAUUACAUUGAUUUACACAAUCAAAUUCCAUACUAGCUUUAAAAAAGAAAUCUACUUCUAACUAGAAGUCAAAAAAAUUAAAAAGUGCUGCAACYCAYGGGAACCCAGGCCUUAAAUUUGAAUAGAGCAAGGACAGUUUYAUUCUUAGCCAGCAAAUGUUAAACUGUUGUCUAAAAAUGGAAGGUUUUAAACUAAAACUGUUAUGAAUAGAGCAUUUGGAGAGGAAAGUCUUCCUAAAAUAAUGCUCGGCUACAGAGAGCAAAGUUAGAGAGCUCAUACUCUAAGAAGGAAACCCAUAAUAACCUUUAAUAACAACAACAAUAGGAGAAAUCUGUGAUCGUGUAGCAUUUUACUGAGCUUGGAGUCAUCUUCCUACUCCUCUGAUAUAAGACACACUAGCUUUAUGCAAACUAGGUCUAGCAUUUAAAUACCAAAUAAAUCUACUUCUAUUUUAUUGUAGUUGUAUAAAAGGUGACUUGAUCUCCAGAGUUGAUAAGCAUUCACAAUUUAUCUGGCAUACUCAUAACCACCAAACUUCAAGUCAGUUAUCUUCAUAUAAAGGUGUGUUGUUGUGUACAAUUCUCCUUUCCCAAGACCAGGCAACAAGUCUAUCUAAUCUAAGUUUCUUCUUCAACAAGCAUAUGAUUGGUUUUCUUUCAGGUUACUUUUACGUUCUUUUACAAUCCUUUUUCAUAUAUUUYGUAGUAAUGAGAGAGGUUGUUUGGUUCCAGUUACUUCAUACAUUUAGAGCAAUUAAAAUCAUUGAUUUCAAAGGGAACUAAAASUUCAAGGUUUUUUAGCCUGAGUCUGACUUGCACUGAGGCACCGUUACACUAUGAUGGAGGCCUUAAUAUAAACAGGAAUCAGCCUUAAAUCAUUAGCAAUUAAAACAAUUAAUUCUAUCUCAGCACGCCACAGAAUAAUUGAUGUGAGCCCGAUUCGCUAUUAAACUACAUGUAUUGACACCAAAUCAACUUUGUUUUGAGGGUAUUUUASGCCCUCUUUACAAAGUAAACAUGACCACAGAUGCCAAAAGUAGUGCAGAAUGAGGCUGUAUGCAUUUGACACUGAUUCCCUUAUGGUAUGUGGCCUAUGUUAUGCAUCUCAGAAGUCUUCUCUUCACUGUUUAAGAGGCCAACAAAUAAAUCAGUGACUGGGGAAUUAACAGACCCAAGGUUUACUACUGGUUCACUGUGUUUCUGAGCAAGGCAUUUACACUUCCUGUGCCUCAUCUUCUGUACCUCAAAUACAGAGGAUUAUUGUUCCACAAAUUCACAAAGACUGCCAAGACCAAAUAAAUCUCUAUGAUCUUUAGUCCUGGACUCUAUCCCCUGUGUGCUACCCUUUUUUGAGUGUUAAGCACCGUGAGAUGUGGAUAGUAGUUUCUUCUGACAUACCUAAAUAACAAUAAUUAAAAAACCCCAAAAUUAUACAGCCUUAUAAGUGCCAGGGAUUGCUGUGAAUCUACAUUUCAUUGCACAUUUCAUUACUUUUAAAUUAAAAUCUUGUMUCUUAAAGUUUUCUUCCUAAAUACUCUUGAGCCAAUGAGCUUUUCRUUCUUGUAAAAUAAGGGUUGUACUGGGGGAAAAGGACUGGGGGAAGAGGGGAGUGGAGUGGAGGUAUGCACAGAGAAAUAAAUCAUCAGAACAGAGCCUUAAUCUCUGUUGUCAAUAUUGUACCUGUGGUGUCACAUUUAUUACACUGGGAAUAGCGCUUUUAACCAGAUUCAGUUGUAUAAGGAGCUGGUAUUUUCAAUGCAACUAGAAGAGAAGUUGACUGCAUUUUAAAGUACUAUGCACAUAGUUGUUUUACUUGUAAUUCCUAAAAAUGUAGAUUAACAUGUACUUUCAAACACUGUCUGUCUUUAUGAUAUAUUAAACCACUGCUGUACCUWCUCACUACACACUUGCAGUUAAUAGAAGUGUCUGAUAAAUAGAUAAUUUGCUGAAAURCAUCAUUUUCUUUUCAGAUGCUUUGCAACAUGGUAUGGAAARCAGCAGCUUGAAUAAGCUGUAGAAUGGGUUAUAGUUCAGUGUAUGUAUAUUCUUUCUGUCCCCCAAGGAAGCGUGAAUAUUGAUAACAGAAUUAAAUUCCCAGAAAUUACAGAAAUCAGAUAAACCUUACUUGGCAGUCAAAUUUUUAAAAGUAGAAAAUAUUUAAUAAGAAAACACAGACUUUGCAAAUUAAGUUGGGUCAAUCCCAAAUAGGAAAUGGAAAAUGUUGAAAAACCUUGACAAAGGUUUUAUUUGGAUUCAUAGGCUUGGCAAAUGAAUGGAUAAAAAGUAUUGGUUUGGACUCCUAAAACGUUUAAACUUCCAUUGCUUUUAUUUUAAAUUUGAUAAAGAAGAGUAAAUAUCUUCCUCUAUUCAUUAAAAUAAUUUACACAUUAAUUCUUCAGAUAUUUUGGCUUGUUUUAAUUUUAUCUGUCCCAUAUAAGAAACAGAAACUAGGCUUUUAUGUUAGGAAUCAACCAAGGAAAAGAUUUCAAGGUAUCAAAUGUUCAUAKUGCUCAUAUAUGCCUUUAGUAUAGAAUAGACUUAAUCAUCUUACUUCAAGCUGGUGACAGUCCUGUGCUUAGAGAAAAUAAUGCAGGUUUGACUGAGGCCCCAAACACUAUGCUGCCCUGUGGUGAGAUCCCUUCUGCCUCAGCUGAACAGUUACUGCUACCCAAGUCACCUGUCUGAAAGCAAAGGUGUGGGGAUGCACCAUGAUCACAGAUAUUUCAGUCUCAGCAUUUCAGCUCCCUUAGGGAGUACAUGCUUCAUUGCCCUCUUUUUACAUAAUUAACAUCCAGGAAGAGUGCUUUUUCCCUCACUUUAGACCCCAKAACAAUAUGAGCUACUCCAAGCCUUCACCUUUGCUUUUUACAUAGAGUUGGCACAGCAAUUUCAAUAGCCUUUCAGUCUUGAAGAGCAAGAAGGAGGACUGAGGGUUUACACUCUACAUGGGCACGGAACCUUACCACAAACRUGCUGGACUGUUUAAGAAAUCAUUAAAUAUCAAAGAAACAGUUGUCAACAGCAAAAAUUUGCAUUGCUUAUUUCUCAGAGUCUAUAGCCUAUCUUUCAAUAAAUGAAUGAAAUU